UUAGGGUUGUUAGUAGCAUCUAAUGCUUCGAACGAUACACUUACUUCAAAGAUAAUCUUUAUUUUCAUAUUCUCACGUUCAAUGUUACAUUUGAUUGGAAAUAAUUCUUAAUAGAAUAGAAGAAUAAUUCUUCUUUUGAACAAUUAAAAUAUACCGUAAAAAAGUUCUGCUAGUGAUAUUGCGAAGACUGAUAAUAUAAGACCCAACUGUUCGAAGGUACUUGAUCGUUCGAUCUUUCCUAAGGCGAAGUGUUAAGUAGGACAAAUUAUACCGCAAAUAUUGAAAAUGCACGUACUACGAUGGACAUUCAAACUUUUCAUCGCCAGCGGAUAUUUUCUACCGCCCACGUUGAAGUCUCCGACGAAACGCUUUCUCUAUAAUUUAUAUACGGUCUUCGUGACGUUGUACAUGUGGAGUUACUCUCUCACGCUAAUCAUGUACAUUUGCUACAACGUGGAAACGCAGGACGAUUUGAGUGAGAAUUUUGGCAUAACUGUCACGGCACUUAUCACGAGUUGCAAACUUAUGAGCUUAGUCAUAGGGCGAAAAACUAUCAUAAAUAUGUUGGAUCUACUGAAGAAGAAGCCCUUUGUGCCAGAGAACAAUGGGGAAGUAGCAAUUCACGCGAAAUACGACAAUCUAAUCGAAAAAGUCGCGAUGUUUUAUACGAUCCAAGCCGCAUUUUGUGCGCUUGCUUUAGUAGGAACGACAUUGGUCAGUGACUUUAAAUUGAAAAAAUUAAUGUUCCGCGCUUGGUUUCCUUUCGACUUCACCUCCUCGUGGUUUGCGUUUUCUAUAACGUUCAUCUAUCAGUUCGUGGGUUUAGUGAUCAUAGCCAUUGGUGUCAGUAUGUUCGACACGUUUUUCGCCGGCUUGUUGCUUCAAAUCUGUUGUCAAUUCGAGAUACUGGUGAAUCGCCUGCACAAUAUCGGAGGAGAUGAAAUUCAAUCGUUAAAACACUGCGUUUGGCAUCACAAUAAAAUAUUCAGGUUCGCCGAAAUAGUAAACAAUUUUUUUAACAAAAUGAUGUUCGUGCAAUUUAUGGUAAGCGCAGUCGCGAUAUGCUUUACACUUUAUCAACUAACAGAAGCAAACGACAGUUUGCAAAUAAUAGGAUGGAUAUCGUUCAUGUUUUCCGCUUUAAUUCAAACUUUUUACUUUUGUUGGUUCGGAGAUGCAGCGAAAGUAAAAAGCCUCGAUAUUUCUAAUAUGGUAUAUAAUAGCGAUUGGCCAAAUUUGAGCAACGACGCCAGGAAGAUGCUUGUGAUAAUCAUGGCACGUUCAUUGACACCUGUCGAGAUUACAAGCGCCUAUAUUCUACCCAUGAAUUUGGAAUCUUUCAAAGGUGUCAGUAUCUAUAUAGAAAUACAUUAUUUGUACAAACGUAGAUUGAAAACAAUACUCGGCAAACUGAGUAAUUCGCCGUCGAUUUGGGAAAAAACAAUUCUCCCAAUUUUGUAUAAUUUCUGUAUAACUCUGAUAAGACUCACGCUACAAUUUUCACGUGUUCUACUUUCGAUCGCCGGUUGUUUGCCACCAAGUUCGUGGACAUCACCGUUCACAAAAUCUUUGUACAAAUUUUACACGUUGUUCGUGUGGCUUCUAAUAUUAUCUCUCGUGUCCGCUCAGAUUUUAGAUAUAAUUAUAAAUGUGGAAAAUCAGGACCAAUUCAGUGACAACUUUUACAUCACUCUCGUGGUAUUCGUCAGCGGCUGCAAAUUGAGUAUUAUGUUAAAGCAUCGUGAAAGUAUCUUAUCUUUGAUCGAGAGCCUCGAACGCGAACCUUUCUCGCCGAUGAACCACGAAGAAGAGAAAAUUCAAAUGAAAUUUAACAAAACAAACGAACGAAUUGCAAUUUGUUACACGAUUCUGGUGGAGGUGGCUGCGAUAUGGAUAUUCGUAAGAGCGUUCCUCACGGACUUCAAGAAGAGAAAACUAAUCUUUCGAGCUUGGCUACCGUACGAUUAUUCGGAGCUGUUGCCAUACACGUUCACUUACACUUACGAAGUUGCCACUUCGUUGCUGUGCUCUUGUCAAAACGUUGCCAGUGACACGCUGUUCGCUGGCUUGCUGAUCCAAAUUAACGGCCAGUUCGAAAUACUCGAGGAACGUCUGAGAAACAUCGAGGAGGACUCGAAUUAUUCGGCGAAGCAGUGCGUCAAACAUUAUCAACAAAUUUACAAAUUCUCUAAAACGGUGAACGAGAAAUUCAAAAUAAUACUUUUCUUGCAAUUUUGUACGAUCGCAUUUACGCUAUGCUUUAAUCUCUACCGAAUGACCAACAUAACGAUGCUUUCUAAAUUUCUGGAGGCGUCGCUUUUCCUAAUUCGCAUUAUAGCGCAGAUACUGUAUUAUUGUUGGUUCAGUAACGAAGUGAAAUUGAAGAGCCUUCAGGUGCCUGCCAUGAUAUUUAAGAGUAAUUGGGCAUCGUGGGAUACGAAAACAAAGAAGAUUCUCCUAGUGAUCAUGACACGAGCGACACAUCCUAUAGAAUUUACGAGUGGCUACCUGGUAACAUUGAAUAUCGAUUCUUUCGUAGCGCUGAUUAAAACCUCAUAUUCAGUUUUUAACUUGCUGCAACAAACUAAAUGAAGAUACGAAGUGGAAGAGCAGCGGAUCUUGACAUUAUGUCUUUGGAUUUUUCCGGCUGAGUACGUUCUGCAAAUGUACCGAGACAUGUAGAGUACAUAGCAAUAAACUUUAUAUCGUGAAACGCUAAUCCAUAAAUACUUGCCGGAUCAUAGAGGAAAUACGUUAGACGUUGGUCCUGUCUCACCUAUUGGAAAAGCAUACGCAUACGAUGCUCCACUUUUCAGUAAAAAUUCUCUCAACCAGUUUAUGGAAACUAUCUUCCGGUCGUUCCGUUUUAUGAAAUACUAUCGAAGGUAAAUAUUGGUAUCGCGUCAG